GGAGUUCCUUGCAUACCUGAAGCCUUCUGAAGGAAAUAACAGGAGAUCGGGAUCGAUCACGGCUAGAUUCAAUGGUGCUGUUAAUUAUGAAACUGGACCAGCUGGAUCAGGAUAUUGAAAAUGCUCUCAGUGCAGGUUCUUCUCCAUCCAGCACUCCAACAUACAAACGGAGGCAUAUACCUGAUGGUGAAUCUGGUUCUGAAAGUGGAGCAGAUGUAAGACAUUCUCAAACAAGCUUGUCUUCUAGCAUCCAUACUCCUGAUCAAACGUCAUUCUGCUCAGCAGCCACUUCUGGAGCUAAACCAAAGGCUGGGGUCCUGAGAAGAGAGAAGACACUCUCUGAGGUAUUAAACAUCACUUUUUAAAUUUGGGCGUCUCUGUGGAUAUUUGGGAAACUCUUAUCUCCUGGCUUUGCAGAGGUGUGCAUUAUUUUCUAUGAAGUUGGACAGUAUGUGUUAAUUUUCUUUAAAUAUAUAUAUUUUUUUUCCACUGUGCUGAAUAUGUUAUGCUAAACAUAUACAGGACAGUUAUUUUAUGAUAUAUAUUUUAAUGUAUGUGAUUGUAAAUAAAUGUUUAUUUUCUACUUUGUAGAGUUACUCUCUAAAUAUUGUGUGGGUUGUAGAGCUACAAUUCAGAGUCCUGUUUCGUUAACAUUUAUGAUAAGUGAAUCUAAACUUUCUCCAAGCAACUUCCUUUCCUAAAGUUUUACUUGCUGCAGUUUACCAUAGUGGGAUUUGGGGAUGGAAUUUAUUUACCAAGUGUAUUCAGAAAAAGACUGUAUUCUCAUUUUUACCACAACAAAGUUGAGUGUAAAAAUUUAUAUCAUUUUUACUUGAGUGUAGCUCUCCUGAAAACUGAGUAAAGACUGAGUUCAGAUAUCUUCUAUUCCUUUUGGAUUUUUUGUCUCUGUACCCUACAGAUCCACAAACUGAGUGCUAGUAUGUGUUGUAGAUCAAAGUCUGCAAAAACAUCAGCUGCCUCCCUACCUGCAAGCUAUGUUUGAAAGCAUAUUUUUCUUUUGAAUGCACUAGGUGAAAACAAAUCUCAGUCCUUAAUCUUGGGCAUUACUAUUGCUGUUGCUCAUCUGGUCCGUGCAGCUAGACAGCCUGCUGUUUGGUGCUAGACUGCCAUCUCAUGCUGAUAGAAAAGGGGCUCUCAUACUCUUAAGGUCUUGUUUAGCAUUGGACUCUAAUCGGGAUGGUAUUUCAAAAAGGGUAAAUAGCAUUGCUGGAGAACACUCCCCAGAAAAGAUGUCAGGAUUACCUCUGAUAUCUGUUGAUUUUUCAUGUAGAGAUCACCCAUGAAAAUCCUCAGAUGUGGUGUUCUCUCUGUAAGGGAGACUCUUUUCAUAAUUCUUCUUUUUUAUUGGAGUAGCUGGUGUAGUAAU